GGACUUUCGCUGCAGAAGCCACGUAGCACCGCGGGGAAGGAGACCGAGGUCGCAGAGUGAGACGGAGGCCCCUCCACGACGAAGACUAAGGCACCCCCUGGAACCCCCCUGAAGCCAAGAAUGACCUACCAGUCAACUUCGGAGACACCCUGGCUAGAAGUGAGAACAUCUUCUGAAAGGGAAGCCAUGGAUGAGGAGCCCACGCUGGAACACACAGGUGAAGACGACGAACUCCGGCUGAUCCUCGUCGGAAAGUCCGGAGGCGGGAAAAGCGCCACUGGGAACACCAUCCUCGAUCGGAAGGAGUUCGAGUCCAUUGUGGCGGCAAAGACCACCACCCUGCGUUGCAGAAAAGGUCAGGGGGAUUGGCAGGGUAGGCCGAUCUCCGUAGUCGACACGCCAGGCCUUUUUGAUUCCGAAAACUAUGAUGAGAUUGUACGACGGGAGAUUGUGGCUUGCGUGGAGCUCUCCCGGCCUGGCCCCCAUGCCCUGAUUUUGGUGAGCCAGGUGGGACGCUUCACCACCGAAGACGCAACCGCUGCUAAGUGUGUCUGGGAUAUCUUUGGGGCCGAGUCCGCCAGGCACACACACGUCCUAUUUACCUGCGUGGAGGAUUUGGGCGGGACCCCCCUGCAGGAGUACAUCCAAGAGUCCAACAACAGGAAUCUGCAGGGAGUGAUUCGGCAAUGUGGGAACCGCUUCUGUGGGUUCAACAACAGGGCCGAGGGAGAUGAGCGGAAGAGGCAGGUCUCGGUUCUGAUGAAGAUGGUGCAGACAACCGUUUCAGUGAAUGGGGGAAGAUACUACACCAACCGGCUGUACGAAAUACCCAACGUUCGGGAUGAGGAUGUCAAAGCGUUCCUGGCCGAGAACAAAACGGGCAGAGAAAGGGUCUUCCAGAGAUCCUGGGGCUCCAUCAAAAUUGUGAAAGUGGCUGCAGCGUGUUUCUUGUUCGUGGCCAUUGUGAUCGCCAUUAUUCUCAUGGCCCUCUAUUUGUGAGGGGGCUCCUCCUUUCUACCUCUGUAACCGUCUGGUUCGGGCCCGCAACCGAACAGGACGGAUACAGAUGUCAACGGAUAGUUAGGACUGCAGAAACAACCGUCCCAACCAGCCUACCGUCCAUUGUAGAUUCCAUGGGUCAGAAGAGGGGCUGUGAAAACAGCUACAGACCCCUCCCAUCCUGGACGGAAUCUAUUUUAACUUCUCCCCUCACGUUGAUGCCAUAGGGCCGGGAUGGCGAACCUAAGGCAUGUGUGCCACAGGUGGCAUAUGGAGCCAUUUCUGAGGGCACGUGAGCUGUUG